CAAUCUGGGAGAGACACGCGGCAACAGCGCAUAUUAGAACGUGUUGAUAUUUAUGACAUUCCAUUACGGUUCCGUAAUAAACAAUGUUUUGCAACCGAAACGUCUGGUUUCCAGUUCACGCGAAAAGUUAACGCUCCCAGUAAGAAAAAAACAACUUCGACGAAAUAAAAUGUGUUAAACCCCCUUAUUCGGACGGCGACAACCUAAAACCCAGUGAAAAAAUGCCUGACACAGUGGAAGCGGAUUUGGAGAAGAUCCUGCACGGUUCGCCGCUGGAGGGUGAACAGGUGGAGGUGUGCGACUUCACCCUCGAAGACUACAACGAGGCGCUGGAAAGCCAAGGCAUACAGCCGAGGGUCGAUGCGAAUUUUAUGCCGGCAGCUUCGACCACCUACAUCGUGGCGGUGGUCAUGCUGAACCAGGACAAUGAGGUUCUUAUGAUGCAGGAGGCCAAAAAGACGUGUGCCGGAAAAUGGUAUUUACCAGCAGGCCGAAUGGAAAAAAAUGAGACAAUAGUGGAGGCGGCGAAACGUGAAGUAUUAGAAGAAACCGGACUGGAAAUCGAAUGUACGGGCUUACUUAUGGUGGAGAGCGCAUCCGGUUUUUGGUUCCGGUUCGUCCUGACUGGCGUUGCGACCGGAGGUGAACUUAAAACGCCUGCCCGAGCCGAUAAGGAGUCCCUGCAGGCGAAAUGGAUCAAGAAUUUGGAUGAGCUCUCUCUCAGGGCUUUGGACAUCAUACCACUAAUUGACAGAGCCAAGUUGUACAAAACGGCGAAGGAAACGAACGACUCGUCGUGGCACAAGGACCAAUUGCCGGCACUGAGACCGCACGCCAAGUUGCUGUUGAGGCUCGUCAUCGUAAUCAAAAAGAAGGCGACGAACCGCGUGCACAUUUUGAUUAGCGAGAAGAACUGUUGGCACAUUCCGACCUGCGAGAUCCACCCGACGAAAAGCCUCCACUCCACCAUCAGGAAGUUCAUGAUAGAUCUGUUCGGGGCGGAGGUUCCCACCCACAAGCUGUGCGGCAUUUUAUCCGUGGAGCACAACCCGGUCAACGACGAGGAGGGAAUGUGCCUGACGAUGCUGGUUGCGUUCCGAUCGCCGCUGGAGGAGGUGCCCAUAAUCGGGAAGUGCGUGUGGCACGAAACGUCGAAAUCUCUGGGAGACGAUCUGCUGCAGAGGGUCGCCUCUAAAAACUCUACCAUUUUCUUGCACGUCUUGCGUUAAAAUCUCUUUCGCUGUUGUUUGUUGAUUUUUUUUGUAUAAAUUUGUAUUUUUUAUAUUGUGCAUUAUACAAACAAGUAUUCUGACAUGUUUAUGUUAUUACUUUUUUAAGUUGUAGUUUCGUAUGACGUUAUAUGAUUUAAAUAUCAAUUUUAUACUCAAUUGUUCAGUAUUGUAAACCUUACAAAUAUAUAAUGUAACAAUUUGUUAUAGAUCUGGGCUUUUUAACAACAAAAACAACUACGAAUUUGGAAUUAAACUACACCAAUUAACUAGAGAUAUAUAUACCUAUAUGUUCCACAGAUUUUUUUAGGUUAAACAUUGUUCGAUGUGCUUAUAAUUAUAAAUUUGGGAGAUAUAUUGUUGCAACCAAUUUCAAAUAAUUCUAGUUGUUGUUAACUGGUUAUUUAGUCAUUUCGUGUAACUCGUUUAUUGUUAUUUAUGUAAAUAUAUACUCAAAUAUUUAUUAUAUUUAAAAAAUGGUAUUUAUAUGUGGUAAUGGUCUAUAUUUUAACGCUGAAGUAUUUUCACAAUAAAUGUUUCAAAAUAUA